AUCCCCAUACUAUGAUUUCCCACAAAUUCUAUCUCUCUCUACCAAUAUUGUUGUAGCUUAAUCAUUAUAUAUGUUCUCAAUCUGUACCUCAUAAUUCUCGGAGUUAGAAUUUUGUCAUCAUUGUUAUUCAGGAAUUUUUCUGUGGGACAUCUGAGCUAAGUCUUACUAUUAUUAGUAUUAUUAUUAUUAUUAUUAUUAUUAUUAUUAUUGAUAAUGUCAUUUGGAAUCUUUAUUAUGAGAUUCCACAUGGAGCCUUGUAUAAAUGAAUAAGAAAAGGUCAGGGGAAUGUAAGCUUCAAAAUUCAAUAGUCAGUUUUCUCAUUUUUUUUAUAUCAGGUCAUCAUCCCUUGAACAAAUUCCCUUGAUUAUAGAAUUGCUCUAAAAAUAUGUAAUUAAUUAUACAGUUUUAUUUCUUAUUUUUGUAUAUGUUGUUAAAUGCCUUCAAAGGAAAUUUUUUUAGGAGCCAUUUGGAGAGGGGAGCCAAACAUAGAUGCCCUUGUUCUGGUUAGAAACAGUGGCCAAAAGCUGGAGGCAACCCCUCGUAACGGUUCAAUUCAUUGACAUCCCUUCAUAAAUUUUCCUCACCCGAAACAGGCAAAACAGACUUAACUGAAAUCUGAGCAUUAUAUAUAUCUCUGUAGCUAGCCCAGAAUCUAAAGACAUUCACCUCAAAGAGAGAAGAAAAAAAAAAAAAAACUACAAGUCCCUUGGACUCUCAAAGGCAUUGCCAAACAAAGUUUUUAGGUACCAUGGCAUUGCCUUUGCGAGCCCUCUUGUCAUCAUUGCUGCCGCUGCUUUUGCUCCUGCUGUCUCAUGAUGUCCAUGCCAAUGGAUGGACAGGGAAUGCACGUCAUGCAUUGCUUUCCAAGCACCAUAGACCAAAGUUCAAGCCUGGCCCUUGGCAUAAUGCUCAUGCCACCUUUUAUGGAGGAGCCGAUGCCUCACAAACAAUGGGGGGAGCUUGUGGCUAUGGAGACCUGCAUAAGCAAGGGUAUGGGGUUCAAACCGCAGCGUUGAGCACGGUUCUCUUCAAUGGUGGGCAGGCAUGUGGGGCUUGUUUCGAAAUCAAAUGUGUGGAUGAUCCACAGGGGUGCAAGCGAGGGCAGGCAUCACUCAUGGUUACAGCCACCAACCUGUGCCCUCCAAGUAGCAAUGGAGGAUGGUGUAAUCCACCUCGUGAACACUUUGAUCUCUCCCAGCCUGCAUUUCUUCAGAUUGCCGAGUACAAGGCUGGCAUUGUUCCCGUUCAGUAUCGCAGGGUCCCAUGCAAGAAGAAAGGAGGGAUUCGAUUCACAAUAUCUGGGAAUCCUUACUUCAACCUUGUGUUUAUAUGGAAUGUUGGAGGAGCUGGAGAUAUCACGAGUGUGCAGGUGAAGGGCGAUCGCAAACUGAAAUGGACAACACUCAAGCGUAAUUGGGGUCAGAACUGGGAGACUGACGCCAUGUUGGUUGGGGAAUCACUCACCUUCCGAGUCAGAGUAAGUGAUGGUAGAUACUCUACCUCCUGGCAUAUCGCCCCAAAGAACUGGCAGUUCGGCCAGACCUUUGAAGGCAAGAACUUCAAGUAGAGACCUUUCCAUCUGAAUAUCCUUCCUGUUCUGCCAGGCACAAAGGAUCUCUUAUGUUUGCUGGGCCAUGCAUAUCAUGCGUUUUCUGUAAAAAAAUUUAAGAUAGCAGUCCAGGCACCUUAGAGGAUAGACACAUUGACCGAAUUCUGAGCUAGUCUCGGAAACGCUGUGUUGUUGGCUUGUUGCUUUUAAGGGUCUGUACGGGCAACCAAAGUAAUGGAUUUGUUAUCAAAUUCUCAAGUUCAAAUUUGGUGUGGCAGUAAACUCAUUUUUUGAUAGGCAAAGGAUUAUAUAU